AGUCACCUUGAUAACACUGAUAAGACGUGCCCUGAGAGAUUCUUGCUUAACUGUGGCAGUGACUGUACUGGCUGAGCUGGCAGCUUGACGCAGGGUCUUGUAUACCUCAGCCCCAUUCACUUUGCCUGUCCUGAGGUACCAAGUGGCUUCGAGAAAAGCUCCACCAACUGCUGUAACUUUAUGCGAUAUCGAAACAUUGAGUUCUGAGGCGCUCAAACAAAGAUAUGGCGAUGUAGGAAAGUCAGGAAAUGGAAGUGAAAGCUGUGGUGCUAUUCUGAUUACUAUUUAUCUUCAGUGUUGAGAGAGAGAGAGAGAGAGAGAGAGAGAGAGAGAGAGAGAGAGAGAGAGAGAGAGAGAGAGAGAGAGAGACAUGGCUACCAUGAAAAGUUAUGUAGAUGUUUUUUUGAGCCCAUCAAUGCAGCAUUACAUCAGCAACAACACUCUGAUUGGUAUAUUGUGGAACAAGGCUUCAGCUGCUUUUUGGCACCCAGCCUUCUGGCUGCCGUCAGGUCUGCAGUGGGAAGAUCUAGUGGACAGAGAGGACCUGCAUUACCCCAAGAUUCAUGAUGUUUGCGUGUAUCCGCUGUUCCUGGGCGUGCUGCUCUUGUUGGCGAAGAACUUUAUCAUCGUGCCCUUCCUGUUAGAACCCUUGGCCCAACUUGCCGGCAUCUCGAAUAAACGGCCACGCCCUCCUGUGCCCUGCCAUGUCAUGGAAGAAGUCUUUCGUCGCCAUGGACACAACCCACCCAAGAAGCAGUUGAUGGAGGCAUCAGACGCCUGCGGCAUGUCAACACGGAACGCGGAGCGCUGGUUGAGGCGGCGGCGAAUAGUCUCUCAAACAACCACUUAUGAGAAGUUCAUUGACUGCGGCUUCAACCUUGUUUGCCACACCACACUGACGGUCCUCGGCAUGGUGGUGAUGUUUUCCAAGCCGUGGACGUGGGAUAUUUCCGUGACUUGGGCGGACUACCCGCACCACCACGUUGACGACGAUAUGUGGUGGUAUUACAUGUGUGCCCUCUCCUACUUCUGGGCAUCCACCUUCCUGCAGGUGCAUUCUUCAGGCCGAAGCACCUUCGAUAAAGUGCAGAUGAUGCUCCACCACCUCUUCACUGUGUUACUCAUGGUGUUCUCGUGGGCGUGCAACUUCAUCCGCUCAGGAUCGUUAGUGCUGCUCGUGCACGAAGUGUCUGACGUGCCGCUGCUCUCCGCCAAGAUGCUUACGUACGCUGGGAUCAAGGGUCCUACUGAUGCCAUCUUCGUGGUGUUCAUCUUGAGUUGGGCCGUGACGCGCUGCUACCUCUAUCCCUUCUGGAUCAUGAAGGAGGUGUUAAUUCAGACUGGUGAGGGUUUCCAGACGCCUGCGUUCAGGUUACAGUACGGCCUCGUGUGCGGCCUGCUGGCUAUCGACCUGGUGUGGACCUUCCUCAUUGGCCGCGUUGUCGUGAGAAAGGUGACCGCCGGAUCGCUGCAGGACGUGCGCUCCGAGGCCGAGGAUAUGACCACUGACAUGACGGACAGCGAGGCCAAGGGCAAGAAAAAGGCAGAAUAAUGAUGAUGAUGAUAUGUGUGUGUGUGUGUGUGUGUGUGUGUGUGUGUGUGUGUGUGUGUGUGUGUGUGUGUGUGUGUGUGCAUCUGACCCGUCAAAGACAUUCAGUCUACUCGUGCCUUUUUAGUAUAAUAUUUUGUAUUAUUUUAUUGGGAAUAAAAAUUAUUUGUCAA